AUGGAGAACCAAGGAGAAGUUCAAGAGGGGAUGAAAGUCGAUAUCCAACAGCUGAAGGAACAAAUAAGUCAAAUCCUAGAGGCCAUGAAUGCCUUACAAAGCCCCAAAGAUUCGUGCGCACAACAACCACAACAAAGAGUUCCAAAAGUACAACCUUUCCCUUCCUGUGGUCUUCCCCCGAAUUAUACUCCACCAUCAGGAGUGGACUUGGGGCAUCUUGAUGCUCAAAAGGCCGAAGGUAAUGCAGUUGAAGUAGAAGGCGAGCUUGGGGCAACCACUUUCACAAUUCCUGGGAAGACAAUCCAACCAGGUAUUCAGAACAUGAUAAUGAAAAAACAACAUGAGACGAAGUCUUCAUCUUAUGUCGUUACACCAGCAGAUUUUAAGGACGACAAGAGUAAAUUAGAAGUCUUUGAGAAGAGGUUAAGAGCCAUAGAAGGCGAAGGAAGUUUUGAAUUUGGAGAUGCUAGAAAACUAUGUUUAGUUCCUAAUGUGGUGAUACCUCCAAAGUUCAGGUUGCCAGAAUUUGAGAAAUAUCGGGGAAAUACUUGCCCAUGGAGCCAUAUAACUAUGUACUGCAGAAAAAUGACAGCUUAUGCCCACGAUGAAAAACUUUUGAUUCACAUCUUCCAAGAAAGUUUAAUUGGCGUAGCUUUGACUUGGUACAUGCGCUUAGAAACUACUCACAUCUAUUCAUGGAAAGAUCUGGUUGAUGCAUUCCUAAGGCAGUAUGAAUAUAAUAAAGAUCUAACACCUGACAGAAUACAACUGCAAAACAUGGUGAAGAAAGAGUCUGAAUCAUUUAGAGAAUAUGCCCAAAGGUGGAGAGAAAUUGUUGUUCAAGUAGAACCGCCUCUGAGAGACAAGGAGAUGACUACCAUAUUUUUGAAUACUCUACAACCACCAUUUUAUGAACACAUGAUAAGCAGUGUCUCCUCAAGUUUUGCUGACAUAGUAGUAAUUGGAGAGAGGGUCGAGGGUGGCAUAAGAAAUGGAAAAAUUGCACUAGGCCCACAGCUAGUAGCGAGUUUAAAUGAGUCCAAUCGACCCAUUGAGCGAAGAAAUUACAAUCGUGAUGAGAAGGUUGCCAGCUUCACUGCUAUCCCCAUGACCUAUACAGAGUUACUGCCAGAUCUUCUCCGCAGAAACCUCAUAAAGGUUUGUCCAACUAGACCUAUACGACCUCCGUACCCAAAGAGCUAUGACACAAACGCCAAGUGUGAUUAUCAUGAAGGAGCGUGUGGACACUCAACAGAGGCAUGCAAGGCUUUAAAGCAUAAAGUGCAAUCUUUGAUCGAUUCAGGAUGUUUAAAGUUUGAAGAAAGUCAAUCCAACACUCUGGCAAGGCGCGAGUUCGCCCCUACAAAUGCCAUGGACAAAUGA